GGCGGCGUGCGGCAGCGAGAUGUCUCACAGGAAAGUCUCAGCUCCUAGGCAUGGGUCCUUGGGCUUCUUGCCUCGGAAGCGCAGCAGCCGGCAUCAUGGAAAAGUGAAGAGCUUCCCUAAGGAUGACCCUUCCAAGCCUGUUCACCUCACAGCCUUUCUAGGGUACAAGGAUGGCAUGACCCAUGUUGACCGGCCAGGAUCUAAGGUGAAUAAGAAGAAAGUUGUGGAGGGUGUGGCCAUUGUGGAAACCCCACCCAUGGUGGUUGUGGGUAUUGUGGGAUAUGUAGAAACCCCACGAGGCCUCCGGACCUUCAAGACUGUAUUUGCUGAGCACAUCAGCGAUGAGUGUAAAGGGCGUUUCUAUAAGAACUGUCACAAAUCUAAGAAGAAGGUUUUUACCAAAUACUGUAGGAAAUGGCGAGGUGACACAGGCAAGAAGCAGCUGGAGAAGGACUUCAACAGCAUGAGCUGCCAGGUCAUCCGCAUAAUUGCUCACACUCAGAUGGAGAUCCGGGUGACUGGGGGCACUGUGACUGAGAAGCUAGACUGGGCCCAAGAGAGGCUGGAGCAGCAGGUCCCCGUGAACCAGGUGUUUGGGCAGGGUGAGAUGAUUGACGUCAUCGGCGUGACAAAGGGCAAAGGCUACAAAGGGGUGACCAGCCAUUGGCAUAUAAAGAAGUUGCCCCGAAAGACCCAUCGAGGUCUGUGCAAAGUUGCCUGUAUUGGAGCUUGGCACCCCGCCUGUGUAGCCUUCUCUGUGGCUCAAGCUGGGCAGAAAGGCUACCAUCACCAAACAGAGAUCAACAAGAAGAUUUACAAGACUGGUCAAGGCUCCCUCAUCAAGGAUGGUAAGCUGAUCAAGAACAAUGCAUCUACUGACUACGACCUGUCUGACAAGAGCAUCAACCCACUGGGUGGCAUUGUCCAUUAUGGUGAGGUGACCAAUGACUUCCUCAUGCUCAAAGGCUGUGUGGUGGGAUCCAAGAAGCAAGUGCUUACUCUUCGGAAAUCCUUGCUGGUCCAGACCAAGCGUCGGGCUCUGGAGAAGAUUGACCUGAAGUUCAUUGACACCACCUCCAAAUUCGGACAUGGUCGCUUCCAGACCAUGGAGGAAAAGAAAGCAUUCAUGGGACCACUCAGGAAAGAUCGCAUUGCUAAGGAGGAAGGUGCCUGAUGCCAGGAGUGCUUUGUGCAGCUGGUGGGGUCUCAUCAAUAAAAUGUUUCCAAUUAAAA